AAACGGACUUUUAUUUUGUUUCUUGAAACCUGUGCAGUGACGUCAUAAGAUAUGCGCUGCUCUCGUCUGUCGAUGGAGGGAGUCAUAUAAAAACAUAUAAAUGUGGCUUGAUCUUUUAAUCAAAGGUCUGUUGCUGUAGAUGCUGAAGAAACAAAUUAAAUGACACAAUCUUCAGUGAAGUCACUAUCACACCAGUUCAUCUAUAAAUACUGUGAAGAAGUCAAACAAGCAGCUGCUGUCACAACACAUUCAACUACUCUACUAUUCUGAUCCACUGUUGUAAUGAUGGAGUGUGUUAAAGAGGAGACUGAUCCUGAAUCAUUCACAAUAACACCUCAACAUACUCAACAACAAAGAGGUUUGUCUCUAAUCUUAAUGACUAAGGAACAUAAAGUAAGUCACACAGGUGAGAGGACUUACAUCUGCCCUCAGUGUGAUAAGACUUGCACAAAUAAAAGUUCCUUUAGGGAACACAUAGUAUUUCACACUGGUGAGAGGACCUUCACCUGCCCUCACUGUCAAAAGGGUUUUUUACGAAAAAGUAAUCUUAAUAUUCACAUAAAGACCCACUCUACUGAAAGGCCCUACAGCUGCCCUCAAUGUGGAAAGACCUUCAGAUUUAAAGGGCACCUUAAGGAACAUUUAGUAAGUCAUACUGGUGAGAGGCCCUUCACCUGCCCUCACUGUCAAAAGGGUUUUUUACGAAAAAGUAAUCUUAAAAGUCACAUAAAGACUCACACUGGAGAAAGACCACACGGCUGCCCUCAUUGUGAAAAGACUUACAGAUAUAAAGGGGAUCUUAAGAAACAUUUAAUAAUUCACACAGAUAAGAGGCCCUUUGCAUGUCCUCAAUGUGAUGAGGCUUUUUUACAAAAAAGGCAUCUUAAUGAUCACAUAAAGACUCACACUGCAGAAAAGACAUACAGCUGUCCUCACUGUGAAAAGACCUACACGUGUAAACAGCACCUUACAGAUCAUAUAGUGACUCAUACAAAUGUAAGACCCUUUGUAUGCCUACAUUGUGAUAACGGUUUUUCAACUGAAAGUAGUUUUAAUGCUCACUUAAAAACUCACACUGAAGAAAAGACAUACAUCUCUCAUCUGUGUGAAAAGACUUACAAAUAUAAAGAUUCCCUGAAACAACAUGAAAUGAGUCACACUGACCAAACACUUUUUUCUUGCCCUCAAUGUGGAAAGAGUUUUACACAAAAGGGAACCCUUACUAUUCACAUGAGGAUUCACAGUGGUGAUAGGCCUUACACCUGUCCUCAUUGUGGGAGGAGUUUCCCAACAAAAAAAUGUUUAGAGAAUCACAUACGCAUUCACACUGGAGAGAAACCUUUUAGGUGCCCUCAGUGUGACAAGAGUUUUAGAGAACGAGGAGCUCUUAAGGGUCACAUACGUACUCAUACAGGUGAGAAGCCUUACUCGUGCCAUCUGUGUGAUAAGCCUUACACACAUGCACAAGGUCUCAAAUAUCAUCUGCUGUCUGUCCAUUCUGUAUAAAACCCCUAAAAGUGUUCACAUUGUGUAAAGAGUUUUAUUGAGUCUGUGACGCUGAUCAAACACAAGUGACUGUAUACUGGAAAGAAGCUGCACCGCUGUCAUUCAUGUUGAAGAAGUUUCAGACGAUCACACACCUGCAGAUUCACAGAGAAAAGAGCCGUCUGCAAAGAGUGAACAAAGAUCAACUUCAGUCUUCAGGUCCAAGAACAUGAUGUGAAAUGAAGAUAAUCCUCAUGAUUGAAGCUUUAAUGUAUUGUAUUUGCUUUGGAUAAUUAUGGCAGCAAAAUGUAUUAAAAUUAAAAUUUUCCCCCUGGAUUUAUUGUUUUUUUAUGUUGGUAUUAAUAUCAGUACUAUUAGAUUUGCACUCAUUAGAGGUAAUUUGUUAAAUAAUGGUAACAACGGUUUAAAUCUCCAUUCAUUAACUUAAGUGAACUAAAAUUCUUGUGGCUGACAUGAGAUUAUUAAAGGCGGAGUCCAUGAUGUUUGAAAGCCAAUGUUGAUAUUUGAAAUCACCUAAACAAACACGCCCCUACCCCAAUAGAAUCUGCACCUUCUGUUGAUAGACCCGCCCCACACAUACGCAACCCGGCAUUUGAUUUGAUUUGAUUGGCUAUAAGUGUGUUUUGGUAGUCGGCCCGUCUCCUUUUCCAACGCGUUUUUCAAACAUCGUGGACUCCGCCUUUAAAGGACUCGUUCACCCAAAACAUUUCUGUCAUUAUUCACUUAUAAGCAAGCACUGCACAUGUUAUAUGUCUCCAUUAUUCAGGUCUUACAGUCUGUAAAACAUUUCCCCACUUAUCUGUCUAAUGCAUAAAAAAGUGUUGACCGCCUGUGUUUGUGCACAGUAUUUUAAUGUAGUGUACUUUUAAUUGUACACAUAGUGUACAAGCAAAAUGGAAAUAUAAUCUGAGUUUAAAGGUGGCCUGGAGCACUUAACUAGGUUAGUAUUCUUCUCCAGUUAAUUUUAUCCAUACAUGUGUGCCCUGACUCUUAUGAGUUAUUUGUUCAUAUAUU